GGAGCAGAGCCCAGGUCAAGGAGCUGCUGGGUGUCAGGUUUCCCUCUGAGAGCCAGCAUUCAGAGAGCAGCAAUGUUGGGGGCCCACCUGGGUCUGGUGGUCUGCGCCCUGUGGUCAGCAGUCAGAGCCUAUCCCAAUGCCUCGCCACUGCUGGGCUUCAGCUGGGGGGGCCUGACACAUCUGUACACGGCCACAGCCAGGAACAGCUACCACCUGCAGAUCCACAAGGACGGCCACGUGGACGGCUCGCCUCAGCAGACCAUCUACAGCGCCCUGAUGAUCCGCUCGGAGGAUGCUGGUUUCGUGGUGAUCACAGGCGUGAUGAGUAGGCGCUACCUCUGCAUGGACUUCAGGGGCAACAUCUUUGGAUCGCAUCACUUCAGCCCUGAGAGCUGCAGGUUCAGACAUCGGACACUGGAAAACGGCUAUGACGUCUACCACUCCCCCCAGCACCAUUUCCUGGUCAGCCUGGGCCGGGCCAAGCGGGCCUUCCUGCCGGGCACCAACCCCCCACCAUACUCCCAGUUUUUGUCCCGGAGGAACGAGGUUCCCCUCAUCCACUUCAACACCCCCAGGCCCAGGCGUCACACCCGCAGCGCCGAGGACAACUCAGAGCUGGAUCCCCUGAACGUGCUGAAGCCCAGGCCCCGCAUGACCCCCGCCCCAGCCUCCUGCUCCCAGGAGCUUCCGAGCGCUGAGGACAACAGCAUGGUGGCCAGUGACCCACUGGGUGUGGUCAGAGCCAACAGAGUGAACACACACGCAGGGGGCCUGGGUGUGGACAAGUGCCGCCCCUUCCCCAAGUUUAUCUAGGGUAUCUGGGGAAGGGUCCUCCAUCACCAGUCUUCCAACUAUCCACUCCUCUCCCACUCCAAGGAAGGCAGGGUGGGAGUGCCAUGUGGGGUUAGUUUCUCUACUUUCCCUUCUCCAGAAGCCACCCCUAAAUCUCUGGUAUCCUUCCUUGCUCCACCCACCCCAUGGUAAGAGACUCCUCCUUUGUUAAGGGGUUGAAAUGGCACAUUGGCCCAUUUCCCUCCCUGAAGCCUCUCUUCUUAAUCUAAGGUAAAGUGAGUUCACUGUUUUCCGGUGAACUUCUUCUUGCAUCUGUUAACAGCUUGGACCUCACUGCAGCAUUUGACUUGGCAAUCUUGACCUUGGGUGUGAAGAGCCAGACUGGGCAAAUUGAUGGACAAAAUCGAAAGUCAAGGUUUGGUUUCUGCUUCAACAUCUCUGGGGAAGAAUUGUCCAGAAAUCAGGCUAAGUCCUCUCUGUUUCCAAGGGGAGCCCUGACACAGGGCUCUGGAGUGUUUCUGGACUUUAGUGAACUGGCUUAGGGAAGAGUUUGUGGUGUUGGCUUUACUGUGCUAGGGCUUGUCUCCAAAGUGAAAACAAAUUCUAAGGCCUAGAAAUGUUGCCUCUCCUUCCAAACAGAGUAGGAGUCCAUUCAAGAUGGAUCACAGAAACAUCCAGGGAGAGGCCUUGAGGCAGUAUGCCUGAAGUGUCCUGUGGGUGGGGAGAUUGUGUCCUCUGUCUAAAUAAAGUGAUUUCAAGGCCCAGAAGAGAAAGUUCAACCUCUAGGUACCGAUAGUGCCGGAGGGUUGACACAGAGUCAGAGCUAGGGGCUCCAGCAGGACCUCUUAAUUCCACAGUCCUGACAGUACCAAAGGAAGUGGCAAGCCUUGCUGACCUUUCAGCUGAGACACAGCUGGCCUUUCCUAACCCCUCAGCCUGGGACCGGACUCUUCUCCCAAGGGACCUCCAUUUCUCUACCUCUAUCUAAGUGGCCACUGAAAAAGCAGAGUGUUAACCAGCAAAGGAGAUUUCACCAACAGCUUCUUCCUACCCACCCAACUUUGGUCACAAAAGCCACCAUUGUAUGAAGGCUGAGAAAUGGCUCACCCAUUCUUUUCAAUUUUUUGAGAGGAACAUAGGACAUCUGUUUUCACCCAACAAUUUCUGGCAGCACUGGAAGGACAAGCUCCUCUUGCGAGACGCCCAAACCUGUGGCAGCACCUGCCAAGCAAUCUCUUCAUGUAGUUUCCAUUUCCUGUUACAGAUAGGAGGUGCUAUCACACAUCAUGACUUUUCCAACAAUCCAAUACAAAAGUGACUCCUUGAUAUACAUACACAGAUUGGUUAUAUAUAAACUGAUUACUGCAUAGAAAAUCCCCACCCCCACCCCAAACACAAAACUUGGCUAGAAACCUGGUUGUCAUCUCAUAAACUCAGUACCAUUGAUCAGUAGAUUUCUCUUUGGCAGAGCCAAAGGAAAGGCCCCAAUUCCUUAUGUCCCUGUACAUGUACCAAUAUUUAUUUAUUUAUUUGGAAGAUUGUUUUUGGCCGAUCACUCUGUAUUUAUAGAUAUUUAUGAAAAAUGUAAUCCCAUCUCCCUCCCACCCCACCUCUUUCUUCUGUUUAAAAGAAAAAUAAAGUUUAUCUGGGCUCCUG